CAGUUCUGUUUCGAACGUCGGACCGUUUAGCAGUAAUUUUCCGGCCUUCGGUUUUUCGGUAUUCCAUGCUCGGUUCUAGGGCUUUUCCUCUCUCUUUUCGCCCCGCGCCAACACAUACGCCCCCCCCAAAGCGACCCGGUAAAAAAUACGAUAGGCGGAAUCAGCGAGUGCCGAAACGUAAACUUUUCAUUGAUUUUCCCAGGCUAAUUUAGGUGUAUGAACAGUCGGCCCGAACCCAAAUUUAUAAAUAAGCCCGACAAAUGUGUUUCAUCUUGUAGUAGUCCAGAUUCGUAGGCUAUCUUCUGUACGCAAUCAUUAAGCUAAACACGUAACAUUCACUCAGGUAGAAUGAACAAACUAUAAAAAACUACUACUGUAAUAGCAAAAAAACAAUAAUAUACUAAGGAGAAACUAAAACGAUGACGCCAGAGAAAUCGGUUAUGGCCUACGUCAAUCAUUUGAUUGUCAGCAAUUUUUCAUAUUUCUGGGACGAGAUCGAUGGGUAUCUGUACUACCUGGGAGGCACUUUGGGAACGUUAACCCUAGGAAGCCUGGCAGCUAGUGUUGCAUACUACUUUGCAACGAGGCCCGUCCCGGAACGACCGUUAGUGCCUCUGGAAAACCAAUCGCCACUGCUAGAGGGUCCAGAACAAAUACACGUCUCCAAGUUCUACAAGGAGUCCAAGAAUGGCAAGUUCGUGUCCUACAUCACAGAGAAUGUCCGCACCCUGUACCAGACGUUCCGCGAGGGCGCCUACGCCUCCAACAAUGGACCAUGUCUGGGUUGGCGCGAGACCCUGACAUCCCCCUACCAGUGGAUCAACUAUGACGAGGCCCUGCUGCGUGCCAAGAACUUUGGAGCCGGAAUGCUGGCGCUGGGAGCCAGACCAAAGCAGUUGAUUGGGAUUUACUCGCAGAACCGCCCGGAAUGGAUCCUGUACGAGCAGGGCUGCUACUCCUUCUCUUUGGUGGUGGUGCCACUGUACGACACCCUGGGUCCCGAUGCCUGUGCCUUCAUCAUACGCCAGACGGAUAUGCAGGUGGUGAUUGUGGAGGACGAUGGCAAGGCGGCUAUGUUGUUGGAGAAGGCGCCGCGUAGUCUGAAGAUCAUAGUGUCCAUCAAACCCAUCCGGCAGACGACCCUGGAGCGGGCUCGUAGCCGAGGCAUACAGAUAUUCUCCUUCAUCGAUGUGGAGAAGCUGGGUGCCAAAGGCAACCAUCCAGAGGUGCCGCCGACGGCGGAGGAUCUGUGCACGGUGUGCUACACGUCCGGGACGACGGGCAAUCCGAAGGGCGUGAUGCUCACCCACGGCAAUGUGGUGGCCGGCGUCUGUUCUGUGAUCCUGCAGAUGGGCGACCAUCGCAUCCGUGCGGGUGAUGUGAUGGUGUCAUUCCUGCCCCUGGCUCACAUGUUCGAGCGGUGCUGCGAGAACGGAAUGUACUAUGUGGGUGGCUGUGUGGGCUUCUAUUCCGGCGACAUCAAGGAACUAACCAAUGACCUCAAAAUGCUGAAACCAACCGUAAUGCCGGCAGUGCCUCGUCUUCUGAACCGCGUCUACGACAAGAUCCAGAAUGAUAUCUCAGCCUCUGGACUGAAGAGAGGUCUCUUCAACAUGGCCAUGCGCGCCAAGGAGAAGGAGAUCGCCAGGGGUGUCCUGCGGAGGAACGGCUGCUGGGACAAGUUGGUCUUCAAGAAGGUGCAUCAGGCCUUUGGCGGAAACCUCCGUUUGAUGGUCGUGGGCUCCGCCCCAUUGGCUGGAAACGUCCUUACCUUCAUGCGCUGUGCUCUGGGCUGCUUGGUCCUGGAAGGAUAUGGACAAACGGAGUGCACGGGGGCCAUUACCCUCACCGUUCAGGGAGAUUAUGUGCCCAACCAUGUGGGACCACCCGUGUCCUGCAAUGCUGUGAAAUUGGUGGAUGUACCGGAGAUGGAGUACUUCGCCAAUCAAAAUACAGGCGAGGUGUGUGUACGCGGAUCGAAUGUGUUCCAUGGUUACUAUAAGGAUCCCGAAAAGACGGCAGAGGCCAUUGAUUCGGAGGGCUGGCAUCACACGGGCGAUGUGGGCAUGUGGCUGCCAAAUGGAACACUGCGGAUCAUCGAUCGCCGCAAGCACAUCUUCAAGCUUAGCCAGGGAGAGUACAUAGUGCCUGAGAAAAUCGAAAAUAUCUACACGCUCAGUCAAUACGUUAAUCAAGUUUAUGUCUAUGGAGAGAGCUUAAAGAGCUGCAUUAUCGCUGUUGUCGUACCUGAUACCGAUGUACUGAAGCAAUGGGCCACGGAGAACAAUGUACGCGGCACACUCUCCGUCCUGUGCAAUAAUAAGAAUGUCAAGGAACUGAUUAUGAACGACAUGCUCAACUGGGGCAAGCAGAGUGGACUCAAGUCAUUCGAACAAGUAAAAGAUAUCUAUCUGCAUCCGGAUCCCUUCUCGGUGCAAAACGGACUGCUGACGCCCACAUUCAAAGCCAAGAGACCGCAGCUAAAGAGCUACUUUAAGCCGCAGCUGGAGGAUAUGUAUAAACACCUGGAUUAAAGCAAUACCUAUGUAUAUACAUACGUAGACAUCAACAACGAAUCAAACUCAAGAAACUGGAAAGCAUUCAUUCAAAUAUGCCUAUACUGUUUUCAACUGAUGAUAACAAAGACUACAGAUAAAGAUACAGAUACGAAAGCGAACUGUCUAAUUUUGUAGUAUCGACAAUUCUUAGCAAGUAAGAGGAGCGCAAGAUACACCAGAUACAGAUACAGAUACAAUACACAAAAAAGAUAUACACAACUUCAAACUGACAAGGAAAAUCCUUUUGGCAGCCGCAUUUUUUUAUAUUAUUUAACCGUGAAGCGAACCUUAAUUAAUAUAUUAACUAUAUAUUUCCCUUAAACACUUAUGAUCUAGUUCAAAGUGAAUAGAAAACAAUUGCGUAGUCUGAACCAAAACAUAUAUCUAUAACAUAUUGAGAAAAAAGAAUAAAAAGAAAGCUUUAAUUAACUAUUGUAUACUACACUCAGCUCUAGAACGAAACUAAAGUGAAGAAUCAAAUUUUUAUUAGAUACGCUAAACUAAAUUAAUGGGAAUGAAUGUUUAUCGCAAAUGCUGAGGAAAUACUAUUAACAUACAAAUGAACGCCAACCGAGAAGCAGAUCAAACCUAAUAAUGAAUGGAAAUGAUCCACGUCUUUGGACUGCACUGUCUGCCUUACAAAAUACCAAAUGAAAAUUUAUUAAUAAAUUGCUAAAAUAAUGAACUAUUUCAUAAUAAGAACUAAACAAUAAAAUAUAGCAGCAUUGUAAUAAAAUUAUUAAAUAGAUUCUUUAUGUAGAUACGAAAGCCAGAUAACUCUGAGUAAUUUGAAAUAAAAAUAUAAAGAAAAUUUUGAACUUU